CCCGGCCCGCCUUAAAAUGGCUUUGGAACUCGCCUCCUCUCUGCUGAGUGAAAGGACCUUAAGCAUCCAGGAUCUUGAUGAUGUGAUUUUUUUACUUGAAAGACAUCACUACAGCAAGACAUCAUAUGAUCGACUUGGUCUACGUCUUAAAUUAUCUCAAAAUACACUAGAGACUAUAAAGAACGACCACAGAGACGUUCAUUCUUGUUUUACGGAGUGUUUGGCUAGCUGGUUGCGUAAAGCUGAUAGAGUAGAGAAUCCAACAAUAGAUACACUGAUAGCUGCUCUUAGAGGAACAGGAGAGAAUGCUGUAGCUGAUGGCAUUAAUGAAGAAAGACAAAGAUAUAGAUCUAUUGGCAUGUUAAGAAGCCGAAGUGAAAUGGAAGCCACACCCUCAACAUUGCAUACCAGUACCAGUGAAGGGUAUUCAAUACAGCCAGUCGGUCAUAAUCCAGGUCUCCAUUAUCUUGAGCAGAGAAUUGAUCAAGUUUCAGAGCUACAAAGAAUUGCUGACAGAUUGCAAGCAAAAUAUGGGUUACUUGUUAUUGCAGUAAAAAGAUCACUCAAAGACCAUUGUGUUAAUGUCAAAGAUGCCAAAUUUUUGGUAAAAGAAUGCUUGAAGAGAAAAGCUCGUGUUGUUUCUGAGUUAAUGCCUUGCAUCAAUGAUCUUGAUAAGCUUAAUAAUUUUGAAAGUUUUUUUGAUUUUCUAAGCAACUAUGAUUUUAUUGGUUACCUUAAUUAUAAGUUACUGAAGAAAUUAUCUCUACUUAUUGAUGAUAAUACAGUCAACCAACUUUUUUUUGAAUACGAAGAAGAAUAUGCAAGAUUACUAAGUGCAACUUCCUUUCAAGAUUUGAUACCUUUCUUCAGGGAACAAUCUGACCUGUCUCCUAAUGCUCCUCUUGGAUUACCUUAUAUUUCAUUUCGUCUUCAAAGACCUUCGCUAUUUGCUAGCAUUUAUUCCUGGAUCUCAACCUUCGGUCAAUUUUCAUGGUCAUAUUAUGCUUUUCUUAAACAAUUAAGGGAGAACUGUAUUAUUAUCACUUAUGCUAUACUACCUUGUGUUCUUGAUGAUGUCAUGAGAGAUCUCACGGAUCCAGUAAUAUUGAAAGAGCUAAAGGAAAAAGAAGUUACUGUAAUUGAAUUGCCACAAGAAGUAGAUUUUGAGACCAAUGAAGAUGGCAAUUCUUCAAUCAUGCAAACCACAUCAUCCGAGGGAAAGAUUCCCACCACAAAUACCACCACAAGUACUACUACUGCUUUGGAUAAUGAAUUAUAUGAAGCUACUGCAAAAGAUGAUUCUACUGGUGUCCAGUCUGCACUGUCUCAAGGAGCUAAUGUAGACUAUCAGGAUCCUAAAGAGAUUAAGGAGUUAUAUGAAGCUGCUGCAAGAGGUGAUUCUACUGGUGUCCAGUCUGCAUUGUCUCAAGGAGCUAAUGUAAACUACCAGAAUCCUAAAAAG